AUGUUGGACUGCAAAGAAGUUGCAACACCUAUGGCAACUAACUGCUAUCUUGACCUUGAUGAAAAAGGCAAUGUUGUAGAUCAGAAACUUUAUAGGGGUAUGAUCGGAUCUUUAUUAUACUUAUCUGCCAGUAGACCAGAUAUCAUGCAUAAUGUUUGUCUCUAUGCUAGAUUUCAAUCACAACCAAAAGAAUCACAUUUAACUACUAUGAAAAGAAUUUUAAAGUAUCUAAAAGGAACCAAAAGUCUUGGACUAUGGUAUCCUAGUGGAUCAAACAUUUUUCUUGAAGGAUACAGUGAUUCAGAUUUUGGUGGUUGUAAACUAGACAAAAAGAGCAUUGGUGGUACAUGUCAUCUGCUAGGAUGUUCUCUAGUAUCUUUGUAUUCAAAGAAAAAGGCUUCGGUGGCAUUAUCUACCACAGAAGCUGAGUACAUUGCAAUUGGAAGCUAUUGUCACUUCCCUGAUGUCCUUUGA